AUGACUGUUCUCUACAACCAGGAUGCGAGCGAAAACUUUCGUUUUCUCUUGAUACUCGCUGGAGUUCUUGUAUUUGCUUAUAUUUUCGUUGCUCGGCCGCUCUACCUUGGGCCAUACAGCCAGAUUCCAGGUCCAAAGUUUGGGAAGUUAUCCUGGUACUAUAUUGCUUGGUAUGAUUUCUGGUUGCGACGCAAUGACAAAAUUGCAGAAUGGCACCGAAAAUACGGACCCGUUAUUUGCUUUCGUCCCGGCGAGAUUUCUUUCGCGUCUCCAGAGCUGAUGAGAGAGAUAUACGGAACGACGGGGAAGUACACAAAGAGCAAGUUAUUUGAGAAUUUUAUGGUUUACGGCGAACGGCCAUUGUUCUCGAUUGGUCCUUAUCGCGAACACAGAAGAAAGCGGAUGUUAAUUUCGUCGUUCUAUCAUAAAACAAGCAUCACUAAAUCCACCACGGAGAAAUUUCUCAGAGAGAAUAUACUCAAACUUGCGACACAGAUUAACAUAGCAAUCGAACAGCAGUCGGGCAGGAUUGACACUGGCUGCAGAAAGGCAAUUCUAGACGCGUACCCUUUGUUCAAUUGCUUCGCAUUCGACAACAUCACGCAUAUUCUGUUUGGGUCGAAGUAUGGGGCGAAGACCAUUGAGAAUCAGUGCUUCGAGCGAAAGAUUCUUCUGGGAAUCAAACAAGCGCAAAUGUGGGGGCCCUUCAAGUUCAACUUUCCAUUCAUUGCUUGGGUGGCUUCGAAAGCGUUGCAAAUCCUUCCAACCCAGAUAGCAAGUCAAAUUCUCCCCGACACUUUGCGUCUUUGUCUCAAAUCCGAGGACGAGAUGGCUACCUGGAACUGGAAUACCUUGCAGGCUGCACUCGCAAACGUGGACGCCGUUGAGGACUACACACUACUGCAACGAAUGCUUGCCUGUAGGACCAAAGACCCGGAUGGACUAACAACACAGUACAUUGCGGCUGAACUAUAUGACAAUAUAAACGCCGCACAGGAAACUGUGGCGGUGGGCCUUAUAUAUAUGAUAUUCCAUCUAGCAAGAGAAAGAGCCUGGCAAAAGGAAAUUCGGAGUGAACUUCAGCGCCUGCCAGUCGAGGACGACGGCUUCCCCAAAUGGGCAGAUGUUGACGCUUCAUGCUUACUGGAUGCGUUCAUGCGUGAAGCUCUUCGUAUCAACCCAGGGGCAAGUGGGCGCCAGGAGCGAUAUAUUGAAGAUCCAACAAAGAGUUAUGGGGGCUAUUUCCUCCCUGUUGGAACUCUUGUCACAGCAUCAACCAUUGCACUUCAUUAUGAUUCAAAGGUAUAUACCAACCCCAAUUCAUUCUGCCCUGAACGGUGGCUAGACCAAUCGCCAGAAAAAGCCAGACAAAUGGAAAACAGCUUCAUUCCUUUUGGGUACGGAGCGAGAAUAUGCUUGGGAAAGGCUCUUGGAAUCAUGGAGUUGAAAAUGCUUGCGGCUUUCCUCCUCUUGAGGUACGAAAUCGAAACAACUCCAGAGAUGGGAGAUGGGAAAUCAGGUCCGAUGUGGCAAUGUGGCUCAAUAGAAGCCGUCCCAAUCGGGCUGAAAGGCGAGAUGAUCUUCACGAAGCUGUAA